AUGAUGAAGAAGCAGUUGUGGAUAGAGGUGGAACACGUUCUAUACUCAAAACACAUUUUGAGAAAGAAGAUUUAGAAGGUCACCGAACAUUAUUUAUUGGAGUUCAUGUACCCCUGGGUGGAAGAAAAAGCCAUCGUCGUCACAGGCAUCGUGGUCAUAAACACAGAAAGAGAGACAGAGAGAGAGAUUCGGGACUAGAGGAUGGACGAGAGUCACCUUCUUUUGAUACCCCAUCACAGCGAGUACAGUUUAUUCUUGGAACUGAGGAUGAUGACGAGGAGCACAUUCCUCAUGACCUUUUCACAGAACUAGAUGAAAUUUGCUGGCGUGAAGGGGAAGAUGCCGAAUGGCGAGAAACAGCCAGGUGGUUGAAGUUUGAAGAAGAUGUGGAAGAUGGAGGAGAAAGGUGGAGCAAGCCCUAUGUGGCUACUCUUUCAUUGCACAGCUUGUUUGAGUUGAGAAGCUGUGUUCUGAAUGGAACUGUGCUGCUGGACAUGCAUGCCAAUACUUUAGAAGAAAUUGCAAAUAUGGUCCUUGACCAGCAAGUCAGCUCAGGUCAACUGAAUGAAGACGUACGCCACAGAGUCCACGAAGCACUGAUGAAACAGCAUCAUCACCAGAACCAGAAAAAACUCACCAAUAGGAUUCCUAUUGUCCGAUCUUUUGCUGAUAUUGGCAAGAAACAAUCAGAACCAAAUUCCAUGGAUAAAAAUGCAGGUCAGCUUGUUUCUCCUCAGUCUGCUCCAGCCUGUGCUGAGAAUAAAAAUGAUGUUAGCAGGGAAAACAGCACUGUUGACUUUAGCAAGGUUGAUCUGCAUUUUAUGAAGAAGAUUCCUCCAGGUGCUGAGGCUUCAAACAUCUUGGUGGGAGAGCUGGAGUUCCUAGAGAGAACUGUAGUUGCGUUUGUCAGGUUGUCUCCAGCUGUCUUGCUCCAAGGCCUGGCUGAAGUUCCAAUCCCAAGCAGAUUUCUGUUCAUUCUUCUGGGACCCCUGGGAAAAGGUCAGCAAUACCAUGAGAUCGGCAGAUCUAUUGCAACUUUAAUGACUGAUGAGGUAUUUCAUGAUGUUGCUUACAAAGCUAAAGACCGCAAUGACUUGGUGUCAGGGAUUGAUGAGUUUCUGGACCAGGUCACAGUUCUUCCUCCUGGAGAAUGGGACCCAAGUAUCCGGAUAGAACCUCCAAAAAAUGUUCCUUCCCAAGAGAAGAGGAAGAUUCCUGCUGUGCCAAAUGGAACAGCAGCUCAUGGCGAAGCUGAGCAACAUGGAGGACACAGUGGACCUGAGCUCCAGCGAACUGGAAGGAUUUUUGGGGGACUUAUAUUAGAUAUCAAAAGGAAAGCUCCAUUCUUCUGGAGUGACUUCAGAGAUGCUUUCAGCCUGCAAUGUUUAGCAUCUUUCCUGUUUCUCUACUGUGCCUGUAUGUCUCCUGUCAUCACAUUUGGAGGACUGUUGGGAGAAGCAACUGAAGGGCGUAUAAGUGCAAUCGAAUCACUCUUUGGAGCAUCUAUGACCGGGAUAGCCUAUUCUCUUUUUGGUGGACAGCCUCUUACCAUAUUAGGCAGUACAGGACCUGUUUUGGUGUUCGAAAAGAUUUUGUUUAAAUUUUGCAAAGAAUAUGGGCUGUCAUACUUGUCUUUAAGAGCCAGUAUUGGGCUUUGGACUGCAACCCUGUGUAUCAUCCUUGUGGCCACCGAUGCGAGUUCCCUUGUCUGCUAUAUCACUCGCUUUACUGAAGAAGCUUUUGCUUCACUUAUUUGCAUCAUUUUUAUCUAUGAAGCCCUGGAGAAGUUGUUUGAACUCAGUGAAGCCUAUCCAAUCAAUAUGCACAAUGAUUUGGAACUGCUGACACAGUACUCAUGUAACUGUGUGGAGCCACAUAGUCCCAGCAAUGACACACUGAAGGAAUGGAGGGAGUCCAAUAUUUCUGCCUCUGACAUAAUUUGGGGGAACCUAAGCGUGUCAGAGUGCAGAUCACUGCAUGGGGAGUAUGUUGGGCGAGCCUGUGGCCAUAGCCACCCUUACGUGCCAGAUGUUCUCUUUUGGUCGGUGAUCCUGUUCUUCUCCACAGUUACCAUGUCGGCCACCCUGAAGCAGUUCAAGACCAGCCGAUAUUUCCCAACCAAGGUUCGAUCCAUAGUGAGUGAUUUUGCAGUUUUUCUUACAAUUCUGUGUAUGGUUUUAAUUGACUAUGCCAUUGGGAUUCCAUCGCCAAAACUACAAGUACCAAGUGUUUUCAAGCCUACAAGAGACGACCGUGGCUGGUUUGUGACACCGUUAGGUCCAAACCCGUGGUGGACAAUUAUAGCUGCUAUUAUCCCAGCUUUGCUUUGUACAAUUCUAAUUUUCAUGGACCAACAGAUUACAGCUGUCAUCAUCAACAGAAAAGAGCAUAAGCUAAAGAAAGGUUGUGGCUAUCACCUGGAUCUGUUGAUGGUGGCCAUCAUGCUGGGGGUAUGCUCCAUUAUGGGCCUGCCAUGGUUUGUGGCUGCCACAGUCCUCUCCAUCACUCAUGUCAACAGCCUGAAGCUGGAAUCAGAAUGCUCCGCUCCAGGAGAACAACCCAAAUUUCUUGGCAUCAGAGAACAGCGGGUGACAGGGCUCAUGAUUUUUAUUCUUAUGGGUUCAUCAGUUUUUAUGACCAGUAUUCUGAAGUUUAUCCCCAUGCCAGUGUUAUAUGGAGUGUUUCUUUAUAUGGGUGCUUCAUCUCUAAAAGGAAUUCAGUUAUUUGAUAGAAUAAAGCUCUUCUGGAUGCCAGCCAAACAUCAACCAGACUUUAUAUAUCUAAGGCAUGUACCACUCCGGAAAGUCCAUCUCUUCACAGUUAUUCAGAUGAGUUGUCUUGGCCUUUUGUGGAUAAUCAAGGUUUCAAGAGCAGCUAUUGUCUUCCCUAUGAUGGUGUUAGCCCUGGUAUUUGUGAGAAAGUUGAUGGACUUCUUGUUUACAAAACGGGAACUCAGCUGGCUUGAUGAUUUAAUGCCUGAGAGUAAGAAAAAGAAACUUGAAGAUGCUGAAAAAGAAGAAGAACAAAGUAUGCUAGCCAUGGAAGAAGAGGGCACAGUACAACUCCCACUGGAGGGACACUACAGAGAUGACCCAUCCGUGAUCAAUAUUUCUGAUGAAAUGUCAAAGACUGCCAUGUGGGGAAACCUUCUGGUUACUGCUGACAACUCAAAAGAUAAGGAGUCACGCUUUCCUUCCAAAAGCAUUGAAAGCCGAAAAGAGAAGAAAGCUGACUCAGGGAAAGGUGUUGACAGGGAGACUUGUCUAUGACUUGAUCUUCAAUUUAUUUUUUACAUAUAUUUGAGAAGAGUGUCACAAUUAUUAAUAAAACCACUUUGAUCAUGUAUUGUAUAGCCUGUCUCCCAUUCCAAAUACACCCUCAUACUGUAAGUAGUGCAAUGCUUGUUCCACUUCUGUUUAACCUCUGAGCAGUGUGACCCCCUUGUGAACAGAUACAAUAGCUAAUGCAAGAGUCCCCCGUGUUAACUCCUGUGAGAUGCUCACCAAGACAGCAUUCUCACUGUCAGCAUUAUGAGAGCAAUGUUAAUCUAGUUUGUAUUUUCCUACCUUAGUCACCUGGAGAUACCUGAUCAUUUUAUUCAGAAGAGUUUUGAAGGUAGUCUUACUUUUUAUUUUCUAUACCUUAGCCGUAGUGACUUGUUUUGAAAGGCCCAAAUCAAAAGGUUAGUUUGAAAGCAUUUCUAACAAUUGUAUUUCUGUAUUUCCUUACUUAAUAUGAUGCAUUUAAUACUUAAUAUCUAAGUGAUACUUCAAAUUAUGUGAGAAAGAAAUUUUUUCAUACCUUCCUAAAGUCACACUGCAAGAGAGUCCUAUAGUGUUUGCUUAAAACUCACGUUGUAACCAUGUGGUCAAGUACUAGGCUUCUGUGAAAUGCUUUACAGAUAUUUGAAGAGUUUUUGUGAGAUUUUUGUCAUUUUAAGUCUUUACCAGAAAUGUGCUAUUGAAUUUCUCUCCCAUUGCCAAUGGUUACUUCCCAAAUACACCUGUGACAUAUAGGUGUGGAUUAUGGAACCCACAUUGUGAGUCAUUUUACAUGAAAUGCCCUCCCUGUACAGCUGCUCUGAGGAUAAUGGCCACGUACUGCUUAAUACUGUUCCCUAUAAUAUUGUCAUGUUAGACCAAAAAACAGGUCUCCAACUGUAAUUGUUUUUGCAAAGUUCUUUUCCACAUUUUAAUUAAAUGCAUGUUUGUGGAAAACUUUGAACUAAAAUUCAGAUUCUCUUAGAGGUUAUGUAAAUAUUUCAGUCCAUAUGAAACAAUCCAACUUUGCUAAGCUUAUUGAAACAUGAAGGAAGUUAUGGAUUUUUAGUAUUACUAUAUAUAGAUUUCAUUUAAUUUUAGAUGAAUGUGAGCUAAUAAAACUGAAAUCUCAUAGGAUUCUUAGCUCCUAAGGAUUAUCAAAAAUUGACAGCCUUAUAUUCUUUCAAUGUCCAAAUUUAGAAAAAUUCAGAGCCCUGUGGCUUUUAUAAACUAUAUGUACUCCAUGUAAAUGCACAUAAUUGGACAAAUCUCUCUGUUACUAACGACGGGAAAAACAGCAAAGUCUAUCUUAACCUUAACAUUUUGAUAUCUUUUGAAAAAAUUUUUCAGUCUUUUCAGGAGCCAUUUUUUAAUGAAAUAUGAGAUAAAAUUAUGAGAAGAAUUUGCAUUUAGUAAGGUUUGUAUUUAUAAAUGGUGAAGAAAAAUGCAAAACUAUGUGUUGCAAAUAUGCUGCCUUUGUGUAUGUUGUAACCUGAUACUCCAGCUAAACAUUCUCACUGUCUAUGAUUUACCAAGUCAAUCCCAAAGCAGUCUCCUAGUGUUUCCAUAUAUCACUACCUGUUCUGCUAAAAAUGACCAGUGAAUUCAAACCUUCACUGGCUUGAACAAGCAAUCAUCCUAUGAAAUUCUGUAUUUCUGAGUAUUUUUAUAGUAAUUUUGUUCUUGUGUGAAUUUUAAUGCUAUCUCUAUCUUAAUCUUAAUAUUUUGAAAUCACAUAAAUAUAAGAAAAUGUAGUAUUAUAUAUUUACUCCUAGUUUCAGAUUCCUGGUCAAAAUUACUGAAUAUCUUGAAUGUAAUUUAUUGCAAUGUUUAAGUAAUGUGUAAAUGUGACUAGGAUAUUGUGUUUUUCCAAGCUAAGAAAUGUUAUGUGGAAAUAAAUAUUUAUCCUAACUAAUUUUCAUGCUCAUUUUAAA